AAAGUCUUUGCCAUCAGUUGUAGUUUUGAUUCCUUAAUUGUUUAACCAUUCAAUCGGAUUUUAUUUCACCAGUUGAUUUACUAACUUCCUCAGUUUGUUAUCAGCAGAUGUCACUGAAGUUUACCUUCACUGUUUGUUGUUUCCUACUUUUAACUUGGUAGCGUCAUCUGAUGAAUCCACUUUUGGCGGGUUACACUCAUUCAUCUUUACUACCUUUGUUAAUUUUGUAAUUUUAAGUGAUUUAUCAAUGAGUUUCCGUUAAAAUUUUGAAUUUCAUUCAAAAUUAUUGUUAUUGGUUUUCUUUUAGCUUGCUAAUUGUUAUUGGAUGAAACUUAUCAAUAUGUCAAGUGACGAAGAAGAAAGUCUUUCAGCUCUACCCAGAAGAAGUAAUACCAAAAGACGAAUAAUGUCCUCGGAUGAAUCAGACAGUGAAAGUAUUGAAGUGAUCUCUUCUCAUUUUGCAAAAGGAAACCCAGCCAAAGGAAGGAGAGCAAGAACACCAUCUAAAAAAAUUAGAACAGUCAAUCUAUCUGACUCGGAAGAAUCUGACCAAGAAAAAUCUGAUGAGUCUAAAAUUUAUGAAGAAAAGGAUAGUGAUUACGAUGACUCUAAUUUAUCUGGGCCAUCACCUGUAGUCGAUAUAAGUGAAGAAGAAAACUUCCUUGCUAGUUCAUCUGAUGAAGAACUUGUUCAAAAAAGCCCUUCUGCACCUGAUUUGGAUGACGAUGAAGAUUACGAUGAUCUUGUCGGAGAAAGCUCAGAAGAUGAAGAAGAAGCAAUUAUUCAAUUGGGAAUUGACUCUGGUAAAAUGUCAUUGAGAGCUCAGGUUCUAUCUUACUUGGAAGAUGCAAGUGAAAACGAUUUGCUACACAUCCCAGGUGUUUCGAAGAAAAAGGCUCAGAAUAUAAUCAAGUUGCGACCUUUCGCUAAUUGGAUGGAUCUUGUUACUAAAAUCAAAUGUGAUCGUUCUUUAAGUUUGGAUUUAAUUGAAGAUUGUAAGGAAAUAGUCAAAAGUCAUCAGGCUAUAUCCAGACUUAUGAGUGAAUGUGAAAAGAUAUCCGAGAAAAUGGGUGAAACAGUGGCAAAAAUAGAACCUGCUAUUCAACCUAAUAUACUCAAUCGCUCCAUGACAUUAACAAAUUAUCAAUUAAUUGGACUCAAUUGGCUUGUGCUUUUGUACAAACGUAAUAUUAAUGGGAUUUUAGCUGAUGAAAUGGGUCUUGGUAAAACUAUUCAAGUCAUUGCUUUGCUAGCUUACCUGCGUGAGCAUCUUAAUAACAAAGGACCUCAUCUUAUAGUAGUUCCAUCAUCAACAUUAGAAAAUUGGCAAAGAGAAUUUGAAACAUGGUGUUCGUCUAUUAGAGUCGUUGUUUAUCAUGGAUCAAUGGACUUUCGAGCUCAUUUAAGAGCAUCUUUAGGAUCUAAAAAGGAAAAAUUUGAUGUUCUCCUUACAACAUACAAUCUUGUUAGUAGUGCAGAUGAUAAACGAUUCCUUAAACGACUUCCCUUGCAAUACAUCAUCUUCGACGAGGCUCACAUGCUGAAGAACAUGAAAUCUAAUAGAUUUUCGAAUUUAAUUUCUCUAACAGCUAAACGUCGACUUCUACUCACAGGUACUCCUGUUCAAAACAAUCUAUUAGAGCUAAUGUCUCUUCUUUUUUUCACUAUGCCUUCGUUUUUCUCGAGUAAAUUAACACAUAUUCAAAAUCUAUUUGCAAGUAAGAAUCGUAGAGAUGGUGAGACAACAUUUGAAAAGGAUAGAGUUGAUCAAGCAAAGCGAAUCUUGAAACCUUUUGUUCUGAGGCGACUUAAAAUAGAUGUACUCAAGCAAUUGCCUUCCAAAACGGAACAUAUUAAAUCCUGUCCUAUGGAAGCUCAACAAGAGUUAACCUACAUGGAACUUGUUGAAAAUUACACCAGAGAGAUUCGCUAUAGUGGAAAGAAUAUCUUUGAAAAUAUUGUGGAGUCUGAUGAAAACCUGUGUAAACUCAGACGAGGAGCAGGGAUGCUGAUGGAAUUACGAAAAGCAGCAAAUCAUCCAUUGUUACUUAGGAGACAUUAUAAUGCCGAUAAGCUACGAGAAAUGGCAAGGUUGAUGCUAACUGAACCUACUCACGCUGAUGCUAAUGUCGAUUAUGUUUAUGAAGAUAUGGAAGUCAUGACAGAUUAUGAAUUGCAUCGUUUAUGUAAUAAUUUUAAAUCGUUAAAAGAUUUUAGGCUCAGUUCUGAAUUUAUUCUUACAUCAGGAAAAUUCAAAGUUCUUGAUGAACUGUUACCUUUUUUCAAAGAAAAAAACCAAAGAGUUCUGAUAUUCAGCCAGUUUACAAUGAUGCUGGAUAUAAUGGAAGAAUAUUUAAAGAUUCGUAAGCAUGAGUUCCUUCGAUUAGAUGGUCAAACCAAAGUUUCUGAUCGACUCAACUUGAUUGAUCAAUUUACCGAUGACACUAAAAUUUUUGUGUUUUUAUUAUCAACACGAGCUGGUGGACUUGGUAUUAAUUUGACCUCAGCAAAUGUAGUCAUUAUUCACGAUAUUGACUUUAAUCCUUAUAAUGACAAGCAAGCUGAAGAUCGAUGUCAUAGAGUUGGCCAAGAUGCUCCAGUUGAAAUUUAUCGAUUAAUCAGUGAAAAUAGUGUUGAAGAAGGAAUUUUAAAAAUCUGUGAUGAAAAACUUAAACUAGGACAAGAUAUUUAUGUUAAAAAUGGAAAAAAUCAUGCUCGGGACGAUUCCAAAGAUUUAAAGACUCUUCUUCGCAGGACCUUAGGCAUAUAAAAUCGAGACAUCUGGUUUUGUAUUUAAAAUUGCCACUUCUCACCUAAAUCAAUGAAAUUGUCUUUGAAACAUAGCUCGCUACCAAAUGAUUGCAUUUUCAUCUUUUACUUUUAUAUUUUUCUAUCUUGCAACCAACAAUUGGUUAAAACUCGAAUGAAUUUUUCCUUCUAACAUUUUUGGUAAAAAUGUUAUCCGACUUGUGUAACCUGGCCUUUGGCUUGGUAUAAAUUUCUUUCCGCAUCUUUCCUUCCAAUCAGUUAAUGUGUUUGUUAUAAUCGUUCAAUAUUAUAAUUGUAUUAAAUAUAUUAUACUAGGACAAUAACCGACAAUGACCAUUGUUAUAUCAAACGCUCUCAUAGAUAUUUGGUGAUCAGCAUUCUUCCUAAUCCACUAGUUUUGAUUAUUGUUGUACCAUUUGCAUCAUGAGGUUUAUGCUAUUAAACAAUUUGUUUACAUUUA